AUGGCUCCCACAAAGAAGACUAUCAACAAGGGCCAUUCUGCCAUCAAUGAGGUAGCGACCAGAGAAUACACCAUCACCAUUCAGAAGCGCAUCCAUGGAGUGGGUUUCAAGAAGCGUGACCCUCAGGUACUGAAAGAAAUCUGGAAAUUUGCCAUGAAGGAGACGGGAACUCCAGUUGUGCCCCUCGACACCAGGCUCAACAAAACAGUCUGGGUCAAAGGAAUAAGGAAUGUUCCAUACCGUACCUGUGUGUGGUUGUCCAGAAAAUGUAACGAGGAUGAAGUUUCACCAAACAAGCUCUACACGUUGGUUACCUUUGUACCUGUCACCACUUUCAAAAAUCUUCAGUUAAUGUGGAAGAGAACAAACUGCUGA